GUUACCGGUGCGCAUAUUUUAUUUCCCGCCUCAUUGUAGUCCAAAAACACGAAAUACAAAUUUCAAAACCCUCUAUCCCUUUCUGUAGACUGUAGUCGUAGGCUUAUGUUUUUCUGAUUCUCCCAUCAAACACAUUGUGUGAAAUUCUCAAUCAACUCAGCUAUUAUCUCCACCAAAUAACUUUUACGUCUGAAUUUAUAGACCCUGUUUAAGUUUCUUAGGUUCUUUCCUGGGUUGCAGCAUUUGGAGUCUAUUUCAUGCAUUCUCAGCUGAAAACCACAAGAUGGAGGUUGAUAAACGACAGAAUUUACAAGAUGAUCGAAUGAGUGAUUGUCGGAGUUUGGGCAGUAAUUAUCACCCAUCCAGUCAAUCUAGAAAGAUUUCAAUUGGAAUUAUGAUAGACUCACAGGUGAAGAAAAGAUUAGAAGUUUCGAAGGAAGAUAAUAUUGUUGCAUCGAAUUUGGAAAGGAAAAACUCUCACAAAGAAAAUUCUCUUGGAGGUAAAAACAAGGGGAAAGGCAUCAUUAAUGCUAAUGAGAGCAAACAAACUGAAGCUCCAGAGACGGUCACUUCCCCAUGGAUUACUACUAGAUCCUUUCACCAAAAAACAUCAACUUCACAGACUCUCGCUUUUGCAAAAGAAACUUCCAAUAUACCAGCCACCAGUAAGAGGAGGAACAAGUUUAGCAGAGCACAGGAUGCACCAGUAACACAUUCAGUACAGCUUUUUGCACAGCAGACGUCGGUUUUACGUUCUGGAGAUAGCAAGCAAAAGAAGUUUGAUGGACUGACCUACAGAAGGAAGGGAAGUGGGGAUGGGAACUCACAGAGGGCAGAGGAAUUUAGAUUUGUGACUGCACAGGAAGUCCUUGUGAAUAAAGCAUUGACAGAGGAUAACAGAGAAGAUAGAACUCAAACUUUGAGAAUGAAACUAUGUGAGAUAUUAGGAACUGUUUCUUCACCUAGAAGUCAGCCCUCUAAUUCUCAGCCUCGUGAGGCAGGUGCUAAUAAUUUAAAGCAGGAGAAAAUAUAUCCUCAAAAGGGUGAUGCAGUUGUCAAGCCUGUGCAGAACUCAGAUACCAUAGAAACUGAUUCUGAGAAUCCUGAUCAUACUACGAAGAGACCAGUAACCUGUUACAUGACCCGAAAAAGAAUUUCAACCAAAGUGCAAGCCGUGAAGACUAAAGUUGGCCCAUCUUCCAGUUACAGAAACAAAAUCCAGGAGAAAAAUAUAUUCUCCUUUGGAGAAGGAUUGUUUGGGAAAGGAGAUGUUGCUGUCAGCAGUGGCUCCACAAUACCUAUGAGAAAGAAUGGUAGGAUAAAGAUUUCUGGCAUAGAGCCACGCAGGAUUAACUUCAAUGAGAACAACAAUAAAGAUGAGAUUCAGGCGGCAGCGCAUUGGAGUAAAAUUCCAUCAGAUGCUGAGACUGAGAAAGCAUCUCCACUUGGUGAUAAGACUGGAAAUUCUCAUGGCUGUUUGCCUCAAGGGAAAGAACAGCACCUUGAGCAAAAGAAUAUAAACCAAGAAAGAGAUUCCCAUCAAUCUCCAAGGAAAGAGUCCCGUCAGUCAUUAGGGACAAACAGGGUGGAUCUGCAGGGGGAUUAUAGCAGUCCAGCAGCACAAGAAAAUGGAGAUGAAAAAGGAGAAUUUUUUAUUCCUUCUUUAAAGAAUAUUAUGGAAACACAAGUUGAAUUCCAAAGUCCAACAUUCAAAUUAAAUACUCCUAUCUUAAGCUCUUCCCCUAUCUCAGCGCCAAAAACUGACAAAAUAGAGCGGACUAUUUAUAGUCCUGCCCCAGCGGAGGGAAGAUUUACUCUGGGAAAUAUUCGCAGCUUCAGGACUUUGCAGACUUCAAACGCAGAUUGUCAUUCCCCAAAUGCUAAAACAGAAUCAUCUGAUGAUGCACUGGAACUCAAAGAUUCUCCUCGCCACAAGCCAUCACCUCUUACGGGAAGAAAAGAAGCAGAAGGCCUUUCCGAAUCAUCAUCUGACGAUGGGGACUCUAAGAGCUUAGAAGAAGAUCAUACAGAAAGAGAUGUCUUGUCUCCAGAAGUUGCAACAGCUGAGAGAUCCACUUUCAUGCUUUAUCGAAGUAAAAGGCUCCGCAAUCAUGAAGGGAAUGAUGUUCCCGAAUUUGGCCCCACCUCAGCCUCUCCGAAAGGCACAACUUUAACAUGCACUGGUGAUAGUGACUGGAACCCAGAGCCUUCAGAACAAUACCAAGAGAAUGAAUUGGAAAGGGUUAUCAAACUGUUUGUCCUGGCUUUGGAGAAUUUCAAAGACAAAAUGAAGUCAGUGACUAGAAAGAAAUCCUGUGAAAUUUUGAUGUCUGUUUCCGAGGAUAUUCAACUACAACUGCAGAAUAUUGAGUCACAAAUCCAAACAGAUGUUGGGAAGCUGACAAGUGCUAGUAAAUCAAAAAGAAAACGGUUGGAGACAAGAUUACAAGAGCAACAAGAAAAACUGAAGUUGAUACAUGAUAAAUUCAAAGAAGAUAUCUACCAACUUCUCCAUGACUGUAAAAGCACAGUUGAAGAGUUAGAAAUGCACCAUAAUGAAUUGAAAGGAACUGUGAAAAAGCAAAAAGCAAUGCACCAGAAGCUUUUCGUGAACAUGGAAGAAGCAGUUGAAACACAGCUUAGCGAUGCACACAGAAGAAUCACAGCCAUGCACAAGUCGGCAAGGGAUAAGAUGCUUCAAUUGCAACAUGUAAUAGCCAAGUGUUUGAAUGAGGACUGGGUUGACGUAAUUCAAUCUGGGUUGACGUAAUUCAACUACUGGCUAGUCUGCAGACCCUUUCAAUGUGAUUCCACAGAAUAUUUACUUUUCAUUAGUAAAAACCAUGUCAGAGUUGCAGAAGUCUGCUUCCGAAAUACUCACUUUAGGGGGAAAAAAAUAGCUCUAGUAAUUCAUGAAAAAUUGGGGGCCUUGGGACAGUUGGGAACAUGUAUUCUUUUAUCUGAGUGUAAUUGCAUAUUAUUGUCCAAGUCACUGAAUGAAAAUUUCCACCCAUAACAAGCUUAA